AACCUCACCUCAUGAACCAAUCCUCCAAGGAAGAUACUCGCACUUCCAACUCGGAAAUCUCGAAUUUGUCCUUGGCGGUUUUCUUUUUGUAUGAUGCUCGUCAUGCAUUCGUAUCCGCCACGCCGGUCUCUCCUGUCAUUCAGCACCGGGAGAAUCGAACGGUCGUUCCUCCGAAAUGCGAUCCCCAUAGAAUAGACGAAUAAGCAAUAUCCAUCCGUGAUAUGAUCGAAAUAAAAUGUCGACCUCCAACCCUAUAGUCUCGCGCUGCUGAGGGAACCAGAAGAAAGGAAGAGAGGACUCAACAAUGUCAUGUCGUUUUGCGGGCUGCGCAAACCACGCCCUCUCCGUCGCAGAACCCAGGACAAGGGAAAGGGAAAGUCAGUGGAGAGGGCUGACGAGGAUCCCGGCCGCCUUGACGUCAGGGACUGGCAGGGCGAUUCAGAGUCUGAAUCGGAUGCAAAGGGACUUCUGCGACAACGACGAAGUGCGAAUUUUGACUGGGCGCGAGAAGAUCAAUUGUCGACGAUACUCGAGCAGUUGGAUGAAAGCAGGCGCAAUACGCCGAAUUGGGAGAACGAGCCAAACGCAAAGUGGGAUUUUGCACCUGCGCCGCGGGUGUUUGCUCCAAGAUUUGCAGCCGUAACCAUUAAGAAAACGAGGUUUCGCGAAGACCACAUUGCAAGCAGCAUAACAGAGGAUCGAAUACCACUCAUGUCGUUCUCAGGUCAGAAAACGCCCGAGACCCCGCGGUCAAUUGCUCCUCCGCCUCGAGAUCUCGAGUCGAUAGCCCGAAUCGAUAAGUCCCUGAUCUUCGAGCACUUCACCACAAAUGAUGCUUGGGAACUUGGCUCCGCUCUGCGAGCUCGUCUGCUUCCUUUACCAACACCUGUCGUGAUCGAUAUCUCGCUUGCAAAUCAGAAUCAGACUCUGUUUCGGACCUGUACGCAUUCGGGCGUUAUGCCAGAUAACGAUAAUUGGGUUUCGCGGAAGAGGAAGACAGUACUGAGAUGGGGUUGUAGUACUUGGUAUAUGCAUUGCAAAUUUAACGGCGAUGAAAUUGCCUUUCGAGAGAAGUAUGGUUUGGGAAACAGCGCAGGCGAAUAUGCAAUUCAUGGUGGCGGAGUCCCUAUUCGGGUAACAGGCGUUGAAGGCGUCGUUGCUGUCGUCGUUGUUAGCGGGCUGAAGCAGGACGAAGACCACGGAGUAAUCGUGGAGGUUAUAAGAGAGUUGUAUUAUUGAAGGAGCAGGUGUAUGGUGGUACUUUUGUAUCAAAGUUCGAAGUGUCGAGCAUCUGCAGAUCUGCGGCCACAAUUCCCCGCGAGUAAGACUUAAGCGUAAUGUAUCCUAAAUAUACGAUUGAGAAGUUCAGCAUGCAUCUUAACUCAGC